AGUCACUUCAAUUGCGGUAACUUAUCAGGGCUCCAGCACCGACAAGCAUUUGGCUUACCAGCUAUGACAUUGAUUUGCAGCUUUCGCCUUGCUUGGUCUUACCGGCUAAAUAAUCCUACAGAAUACAAUAUAUCGGUGAUAUGAAAGACUAUUCCGACUACCUACGCUCAGCAGAACCUACAUGUAGACGGAAAUAGGGUGAUGUUCUUCAAGUCGUACCAAGGCCUACCCGAAUAUGAUCAUCACCAGUAGCGUCGAUAUGGGUAUGCUGCUCUUGCCUUUAGUAGGACAUAACCCCUCCUUACCUGCGGCUUACCUGCGGGGAAGAGGAGGAAGUGGCGUGGGGUAGGUUGGGUCAACGAGGUCGAUUAUUCGCCACAAUGUCCUUCCCGAAGCUUAUUCCGGCCUUCACGGCUCAGCUCGUAGUCGAAGCCCCCUCCAACGUCGGCACCACCGCCCGCGGCGGCACCAUCCUCUUCGUGCCCUUUGUGCCCAACAGCGGCUCCCUCAAGUCCGAGGCCUCGUACCCGAUCCAGCUGGACGCCGAGUUCGUGCACGGCGCCGACUACGUGCGGAUGGACCCGAACGGCGAGAACGUGCGGCUGGAGAUCCACAGCGUGGGCAAGGAUAAAGCCACGGGCGCACUCUUCCGGUUCAGUUACACGGGCAGUGUCUCGCUGGCGGGUGCCGCGGGCAAGGUGUUCCGUGGCGAGCCGGAUAUGGCGACGACGGGGUUUGGUGAUGCUUUCACCCAUCACGUCUUCGAGACCGGUGAUGAGAGGCUCGGCCCUCUCCAGAACAAGGUCUUUGUGGGAUCUGGCAGGUUCAUCAUUGAGCCCGGUAAGCCGCUUGUGGUCGAGUACAAGAUUAGCGAGGUGACUGCGUCCUAAGGAGUGUGGUACAUGAUGAAAAAAUUAUAAGUGAUGACCGAAAUCAGGUCCGUGUUAAAACAACGUGCUAUGAUGCAGUGUUAUGUGCGCUCUUAUAGAUAUAUGAAAAGAAGGACAGAAACCCAUAUGGUAUACGUGGUUGAAGUCUAACACAAAGCAUCGAUAUCGUUCCUCUCUUCCGCAUCACUCAA